UAACAUGGAAGAAGGUGUCGAGAAGUGCGGGUUUAACCAUUUCGUUUUCCUUCCGACGGAGGUUAUUUCCCUUAUAUUAAAGAACACUGAGCUCAGCUUUAGUGAUGUUGUCACUUUUGGGAAAACUUGCAAGCGUUUUGUUGAGAUUACAAGUGACAACGAGCUGUGGAAAGUUAAGCUGUUCACACGCUGGCCAAGUCUCCUCAAGUCAGCCAACGAGACAGAUCCGACCCCAACCUGGCUAAACCUAUGCAAGAAACUCUACCCAAUACCAGCCAAAGUCAACGAUGUCAUUAUGGGUCUAUCGGCUGAAUGUUUUCACCAGGAUGAGGUGUCGUACUGUAGCUUCCGUCGACUCAAGGAUCUCUCAGCAAGUGGAUUGAUGCAUCACCAUCUAGUGAUCAACACACUCAUGAACAAAGUGUUUGAUAAAGACGAGGAUAAGAAUCUGACGGAGAAGUACUAUUCAAAGAAAGCUCUGAGGUGUGUUCACCAUUCCAAUAUGAAGCAAGAAUGGUGGAAAUACAUUGCUCUACCGAUUGAGCAACAGUCUCUCUUCGAAGGUGCAAUGUUAUUUGAGAAAUGGUAUAGUCCAUUCAGAAUUGUAGACUGUGAUAAAAUAAGGUCAGAGGUCACUGAGAUAGCCAAUCAAGGGAGGAGGAAACUGAAACCUGAGCAUCCCUGUUACCAUGGCAAUAUAGAAGGUGCAGUUGAGAUGACGCCCGAUCAAUGUUAUGAGGUCUUUGAUGCAGUUAAUGAAGUCAUGUACAAAGAGAUGGGAUUCAAAGGAAACAAAGACGACUACUAUAACAGGGACAACUCCUUCAUGUCUAAGGUGAUGACAACCAAGCUUGGUAUUCCCAUCACGCUAUGCAUUCUCUACCAAGCUGUCGUACAGAAACUUGGUGUCAUCUUGCGCCCUGUCAACUUCCCUGGCCAUUUUAUGCUUAGUUGGAACUACACAUCGGAUGGUUUCAAGGAGACGCCUACAAUCUUAUACAUCGAUGCGUUCAGGAAAGGCAAUGUGAUGACAAUGGCAGAGACACUUAUGCAAGGUUUAGGGCAACACGGGUUCAACCCAGACUACUGCAAAACCUGUGCACCGUCUGAUGUGUUCAAACGAAUGGCAGCUAAUAUAAUGCACAUCAGCAGUCAGAUGAUGCACCAUGACAGUGAGAUGUAUAGUUUGUAUGGAGAGGAAUUGCAUGCUGUUCUUAAACCAGAGGAUUUUGAGACAGUGUUUCAAUGUGUCAAGGUCUACGUACAGCGACGAGUGCAUUUUGUGGAGUCGUUGGAAAUGAUACGUGAGAUUCGACCACAGACUAACCGAGAAGCAAAUGGUGUACGGAUUAUGACAGGCAUCAUACAAGAAACCAUGCAGCAAGAAGAAGCAAGAACGGAGCAAACAGAGGCGUACCGGAGAGAAGCAAAUACGGGGGUGACGUAUUCAGUUGGUAUGGUGAUGAGACAUGUAAGGUACCACUAUUCCUGUGUGAUAUACGGGUGGGAUCCAGUAUGUAAGUUAUCUCGGCAAUGGCAGAGGCAGAUGGGAGUGGAUCAACUUCCAAAUAAAGAGAAUCAAGCGUUCUACAACGUCUUGGUCUCGGACUCCUCAAGCAGAUAUGCAGCACAGGAAAAUCUGGAGUACAUUGAUGAUCCGAUUGCAAUAACACACCCUGAGAUUGGCAGAUACUUUGAAGAGUUUACCAAAAAAUGUUAUCUGCCAAAUACGGAACUAGCGAAGCAAUAUCCAGACGAUGCUGCGGUUACAACUGUUAAGAGCUCAGAACUCUUCACUGAUUAAGCCUUCAGGAUCCACUCUGAAACAUGCAGUAGAGCCCUUUUCAUAAAAAAUAUUUUGUAACUUGAGAAAUCUGUAAUGAUAAUAAUAAUAACCAGUUAUGUAGCACUUUU